UCAAGUUGCAAUUAACUUCCGCGGCAGCCGCAGCUCCGGCGGCGGCGGCGGCACAAGAGCAGAAGCCGCCGCCUCGGAAGUCCGACGCCGGCGCGCCCGCCCGGGGAGCCGUGCCUGGUCUCCGGCCCGCGCUCGACAGCCACUGCCGCCCCCAACGCCCAUGCCUGAGUGAUCUUUAGAGGGUAACUGAGUAUGGAUCAUUUGAACGAGGCAACUCAGGGGAAAGAGCAUUCAGAAAUGUCUAACAAUGUGAGCGAUCCGAAGGGUCCACCAGCCAAGAUUGCCCGCCUGGAGCAGAACGGGAGCCCGCUGGGAAGAGGAAGGCUCGGGAGUACAGGUGCAAAGAUGCAGGGAGUGCCUUUAAAACACUCGGGCCAUCUGAUGAAAACCAACCUUAGGAAAGGAACCAUGCUUCCAGUUUUCUGCGUGGUGGAACAUUAUGAAAACGCCAUUGAAUAUGAUUGCAAGGAGGAGCAUGCGGAAUUUGUGUUGGUGAGAAAGGAUAUGCUUUUCAACCAGCUGAUAGAAAUGGCUUUGCUGUCUCUGGGUUAUUCGCAUAGCUCUGCUGCCCAGGCCAAAGGGCUAAUCCAGGUUGGAAAGUGGAAUCCAGUUCCACUGUCUUAUGUGACAGAUGCCCCUGAUGCCACGGUAGCAGAUAUGCUUCAAGACGUGUAUCAUGUGGUCACACUGAAAAUUCAGUUACACAGUUGCCCCAAACUAGAAGACUUGCCUCCCGAACAAUGGUCGCACACCACAGUAAGGAAUGCUCUGAAGGACUUACUGAAAGAUAUGAAUCAGAGUUCGUUGGCCAAGGAGUGCCCCCUUUCACAGAGUAUGAUUUCUUCCAUUGUGAACAGCACUUACUAUGCAAAUGUCUCAGCAGCAAAAUGUCAAGAAUUUGGAAGGUGGUACAAACAUUUCAAGAAGACAAAAGAUAUGAUGGUCGAAAUGGAUAGUCUUUCUGAACUAUCCCAGCAAGGUGCCAACCAUGUCAACUUUGGCCAGCAGCCGGUCCCAGGGAACACAGCCGAGCAGCCUCCGUCCCCCGCGCAGCUCUCCCAUGGCAGCCAGCCCUCUGUCCGGACCCCUCUUCCGAACCUGCACCCUGGGCUUGUGUCAACGCCCAUCAGUCCUCAAUUGGUCAACCAGCAGCUGGUGAUGGCUCAGCUGCUGAACCAGCAGUAUGCAGUGAAUAGACUUUUAGCCCAGCAGUCCUUAAACCAACAAUACUUGAACCACCCUCCCCCUGUCAGUAGAUCUAUGAAUAAGCCUUUGGAGCAACAGGUUUCAACCAACACAGAGGUGUCUUCCGAAAUCUACCAGUGGGUACGUGAUGAACUGAAACGAGCAGGAAUCUCCCAGGCAGUAUUUGCACGUGUGGCUUUUAACAGAACUCAGGGCUUGCUUUCAGAAAUCCUCCGAAAGGAAGAGGACCCCAAGACUGCAUCCCAGUCUUUGCUGGUAAACCUUCGGGCUAUGCAGAAUUUCUUGCAGUUACCAGAAGCUGAAAGAGAUCGAAUUUACCAGGAUGAAAGGGAAAGGAGCUUGAAUGCUGCCUCUGCAAUGGGUCCUGCCCCCCUGAUAAGCACACCGCCCAGCCGCCCUCCCCAGGUGAAAACAGCUACUAUUGCCACUGAGAGAAAUGGGAAACCAGAGAACAAUACCAUGAACAUUAAUGCUUCCAUUUAUGAUGAGAUUCAGCAGGAAAUGAAGCGCGCUAAAGUGUCCCAAGCACUGUUUGCAAAGGUUGCGGCAACCAAAAGCCAGGGGUGGUUGUGUGAGCUGUUACGCUGGAAAGAAGAUCCUUCUCCAGAAAACAGGACCCUGUGGGAGAACCUCUCCAUGAUCCGAAGGUUCCUCAGUCUUCCUCAGCCAGAACGUGAUGCCAUUUAUGAGCAGGAGAGCAAUGCGGUACAUCACCAUGGCGACAGGCCGCCCCACAUCAUCCAUGUUCCAGCAGAGCAGAUUCAGCAGCCGCCGCCGCAGCCCCAGCAGCCGCCGCCGCUCCCGCCGCAGCCGCAGGCGCAGCAGCCCGCCGGGCCCCGGCUGCCCCCUCGGCAGCCCACCGUGGCCUCGCCCGCCGAGGCGGAGGACGAGAACCGGCAGAAGACCCGGCCGCGAACGAAGAUUUCCGUGGAGGCCCUGGGCAUCCUGCAGAGUUUCAUCCAAGACGUGGGCCUGUACCCGGACGAAGAGGCCAUCCAGACUCUGUCGGCGCAGCUUGACCUGCCCAAGUACACCAUCAUAAAGUUCUUUCAGAACCAGCGGUAUUAUCUCAAGCACCACGGCAAGCUCAAGGACAACUCCGGGUUGGAGGUGGAUGUGGCCGAAUACAAAGAAGAGGAGUUGCUUAAGGAUUUGGAAGAGAGUGUGCAAGACAAGAAUGCUAACACCCUUUUCUCGGUGAAGCUGGAAGAAGAGCUCUCAGUGGAAGGAAACACAGACAUUAACGCCGACUUGAAAGACUGAGAUCAAAGUAUUAUUUUCAUUCAACAGUGCCACUGGUAUUUACUAACAAAAUGAGAAGUCCACCUUGUAUUCUCUCAGAAACCCUUUGUUGUUUGUUGUUUGGCCAAUGAAUCUUCAGACACUUGCACAAACAGGAAAGUUGAGAAAGCAUAAUGCAGACUGCACUAAAUGUUUUACUCUUUUACAGACUGCUGGGCAGCCCCGGGUGAAGCAUCGAGGAUUGUUUGGUAUUAAAAGUUAAAAUUUGUGUUCACGGGACACACCAAGGUGUGUACCCCGUAAGCAUGAUACCAGUGAUUUCUUUUUUUUUUUUAAUUAUUAUUAUUCUGGAGCCUCCAACAAGCAUUAUAACUUCUGUGAUUAUCAUUUCCUUCCUUUAAUUAUUUCUGUAACACUCCACACUGAUCUUUGGAAGCUCGUCCCCUAUUUUAAAAAAAGGAAAAAAAAAAGAGUUUGUUACUCUAUUGUAUGUUACAAAAGAACUAUAGACUGUGGAAUGCAGUUUAAAGAUGACAUAUGCCAACAAAUGCCUUGUAUUAUAUGGCACUGCCGUAAUUCAAAUUUGUUUUUAUUUUGGAAAUAAAAGUUCACUGUAAUUUUU